AACGUCACGCGGAGCGGAUCGUUUCUUCCAUUUCCGUUGAAUAGCAGUUUGAAUUUCUGUCCAUUCAUUCAUCUUGCGUGGCCAAUCAGCUAUGAUUAUCCACCACCUCGUCCUGGUCGCCUCGUUGGUCGCAUCUAUUCAAGGUGGACGCAAUUGUGGCGCAAAUCCGUCCGUGAUUUACCUGAAACGCGGCGAUAAAAGCUCCGUCGAGUAUUGGAUUCCAGCGGAAAACAACAUCCAGCCCGAACCGGAAGAGGAAUUAUCUUUGCAGUCACGUUUUGAUGAACAAGAAGAAGAGCAACACGAUGAGGAACAAGACGAAAUCAAGAGGCGAGAAUCACUCUCUGAUUUAUCGACGACUGCUGGAUUGACCACAUGGCGGACGAUUGAAGAAGAAUUCGCAAUCGAAUCGAAAAUGACGACCACCUCCAUUCCGGCCAUCAAAGACCUAACUGUUUCCACCGACUCGAUUCAAGUAGCGGAAUCCGAACACGAAGAGGAGACGUCGACCGGUUUGACGGGACUCAAGGUCACUGAUGACGUCAUCGUCUUCACCACCAUCUCGCCUCACGCACCAACCGUUGAGGAUGCCGUACCUUCAGAUGCUCUUUCUCGGGUCAACGACCACGUCCAAGCAGAGACAACCGAAAAUCGACAGCAAUCGACGGACGUGUCGGAAUUGCCCGUCGCUGACAUAACGGAUCCACCACCAUCACCACCGCCGACGACAGAGUUGCCAAUCAAUCAGGUGCUGGCAAUCAACGGCCAAGAAUCGCAACGAGGCGACUCACUCGGCGGUGGCGGCACUCAGAAAGAGGUGCCAAUCUUCACGACUGCAUCUUCGCUCCAAGAGUUCAACAUGGAGUCCAUCACCAGCGGCGUCCAGCUGAUGGACGUCGAAGUGGAAACCAAGGCCGAAUUGCUUGAAAAUAUGAUGCAACAAGAACAACUGCGGCCACAUACCUCACCUCCGCCAGCGUCCAGUGUGAAGAACGAAGAAUCGAUCAGCAUAGACAACGCCGUUCUGCUUCAUCCGGCGACAGUGUUGGUGGCGCCCCAAUCCAUCCAGCCACCAGCAACGCAACAGCCAACCGAAAUGGUGACGGAAAGCGUCCAAGUCGAAAUAGCCAAAACACAAACAGACGAGUCCGUCCCAUCCGCAAGCGAAUUCCCUGACGUCGUUUCUCAGCUGAAGGAAGAAUUCCCUGACGUCGCUUCUCAACUGAAGGAGGAUUUCCAGGAUAUCGCCCACAUUCUCAUGUCCGUUCCAGAUCUGCCUCAAUCUGAAAGUCAGAUCAAACAAGUUGAAACAACUGAAACAAACGAACCGCAAGCGGUGACACUUGCGGAUUUCAAAAGCGAUUUGGAAUUCGCCGUCGACACGCACGCCGAAGAAAUCGAAACCACCACGUCCUCCGCCAGCUGGCUAACGAAAUCAACUGGAGUGCAGACAGAAGAAUCCAGCGCACAUUUGCAGCCAAACGAUUUGCAAUUGGACGAAAUAACAACGGAGAUGAAUGGUGACCAGCUGAAGCAGUCCGACGGUAGUGGACCGUAUCCAGGGCCAAGUGGACUCAAAAUAGACGAGCCGGAAUCAAACGAUGAACAGGGAAGUGGAUUGGCUGAUUCAAUUCAAGGCAUUUCAGACGCAAUUCCGGCAACUCAAAACGACGACGGGACAGAAGGCAGCGGUGGUCUCGUCAGCGAAAUGCCACCGGUUGCAGUGGAAUUCCCCGCCAUGGAUGAACCCGAUAUCAAAAACGAACAAGACGGACCCGUCGACAUUUUGGGCGUGGUCGAAAUGGGUGACCCAAUUCUCGUUAAAGUCGAAUCGCCCGCGGAAGGGAGCGGAUCAGACCAGUCAGCCGCCAUUUCGGAGAUCGAUCGAAACGAUGAGCAGGACACGGUAGUUGACGUUGUUGAAGACGAGUCUCCGCCGGAAUUCCGCAACGACGAUAUCCUUCUCAACCGCAUCCGCACCAUCGUCAACUCUCUGACCAAUCCCAAAGACACUUCGUCCUCAUUCCUCCGACGGACUUCUGGUUUACUUCAAUCUGUUUUCAAACGAACCAAACGAUCGAUCACGAAUCCGACAGACUUGGUCAACAGUCCCGCAUUCCGCCAGUUCCUACGCUCCCAGCCUUUGCCCCUUCGACGGGCUUUGUCGACCAAUUUUUCUGGUCGAUUUAGUCGCCAAAUGGCCUCAUCAGAAUCCGAAAUUCGAGACGACGCCCAAUCGCCAGAACAAGAAUGCGAUUUGCAUAUCAAGACGGAUCCUGGUCUUCAUUUGUUGCUUACAUUCCACAAUAUGAGCGCCCCCUACACUUUGGACUGCGCCGGAGCUUACGUUGAAAUCGAACGAGAAGGCAACGGUUUCGAAGCUCGUUGGUGCGGAAAACCAAUCGGGCAGCAGAGGGGAGUGAGAUCGCAUGUCAUUUUCGCUCGAUCCGAGGUGCGAGUUUCAGUAUACAACAACAAACAGACACUAAUGCAACAUCAAAUGGCUGUUGGCGGAGAGGGAAUCAACUCGUUGGAAUCACAGCCAUCGCCAGUCAAUGACCAACUGGCUCCGACUGGAUUUAGCGCCGAUAUUGAAGUGAUCGACUUACACGACGCUGGACAAUUCACAUCCUUCCAGCGCUCUCAAGCCUACAGCAACGUUCAUCGUAGAAUCGGCUAAUUUGAUCAAAUACCAUUCAAUUUUCAUUAAAAUGUUUUCCAACUCUUCCAACGAUGGUUUCACAUGAGCGCGGAAAAUGGUCACCAACACACAGGCGCACUAGUCCCGAUUUCUUUUCAUUUGUUCCCCCCAUGUUCUUUUAUUUCUUCCUCUACUCAACUUUUUAUUCCUCGUUCCAAAUCUCGUUCCCUGGUGAUGGGCUAGGUGAUUUGAUAUUCAAUUUUCUUUAAAAUGAAAAAAUACUGUAGCAGUUGAUUAUCAAUAAAAGCAUGCUCUUUCUUAUGUCAUAAA